GGAAUCAGGAUGGCCGGAGGAGGAAAUGCUGCGGGUCCAAUCCUGAGCAUUGGGAGGUGGACCUGAGAGGAGGAGAGGAAGGGGCGGAGUGCUGAGGGCGGAGGGGGCCGAGAAGAAGGGAGCGGGCAGGGGGCGGCGGCAGGAGCGUGUCUGGGAACAAAGAGCCGGAGUUGCCUUAAUCAUCUCCCGUGGCUGCCUUGAUCCGGAGUGACGCUGCCAGAGGCCAGCGCUGCUGCUGCAGGAAGCGAGGCGGGUGCUUCUCCGCAGAGGCGGAUGAGGCUGGUGGCUGGGCUCCUCGGCUGAAGAGGCAGCAGGUGAGAGUUGGGAGAGGAACAAUGAGGGGAAACCCAGCAGAGGAUGUAUGGGUGAAGCCAGAUGGAAUAAGAGGGAGCACAGACUAAAAACUGGAGCAAAAUGGAAGAAGAGAAAUGGAUAACUUGCUUAUCGGCAUGGAGUCCAAAAAAUAAUUGUACUCUUACUUUACACCAUGCAACCCACACUGGGGAGAAACCACAUGAAUGUUUGUUGUGUGGGAAAAGGUUCAGCUCGAAUAGAGCUGUUCUUAUACAUCACAGAACCCACACUGGGGAGAAACCACAUCAGUGCUUGUUGUGUGGAAAGGCCUUCAGCACGAGUGGAAAUCUUAUUGUACACCAUAGAAGCCACACAGGGGAGAAACCAUAUCAGUGUUUGGAAUGUGGAAAGAGCUUCAGCAUGAGUGGAGCUCUUACUGUACAUCACAGAACUCACACUGGGGAGAAACCACAUAAAUGUUUGGAGUGUGGAAAGAGCUUCAGCAGGAGUGAACAUCUUACUGAACACCACAGAACCCACACUGGAGAGAAACCACAUGAAUGUUUGUUGUGUGGAAAAAGGUUCAGCACGAGUGGAGCUCUUAUUGUACAUCACAGAACUCACACUGGCGAGAAACCACAUCAAUGUUUGGAGUGUGGCAAAAGGUUCAGUACGAGUGGAGCUGUUCUUGUACAUCACAGGACCCACACUACAGAGAAACCACAUCAAUGUUUGGAGUGUGGGAAAAGGUUCAGCACAAGUGGAGCGCUUAUUGUACACCACAGAACCCACACUGGGGAGAAACCACAUGAAUGUUUGUUGUGUGGAAAGAGCUUCAGCAGGAGUGGAGAUCUUGCUAAACACCAUAGAACCCACACUGGGGAGAAACCACAUAAAUGUUUGGAGUGCGGAAAGCGGUUAAGCACGAGUGGAGAUCUUAUUGUACAUCAGAGGACUCAUACUGGGGAGAAACCAUUUAAAUGUUUGUUGUGUGGAAAGGCCUUCAGCAGGAGUGGAAAGUUGACUUUGCACCAGAGAACCCACACUGGGGAGAAACCACAUAAAUGUUUGGAGUGUGGAAAGAGCUUUAGCACGAGUGGAAAUCUUGCUAAACACCACAGAAGCCACACAGGGGAGAAACCACAUAAAUGCUUGGAGUGUGGAAAGAGCUUCAACGGGAGUGACUCUCUUACCAGACAUCUCAGAACCCACACUGGGGAGAAACCACAUAAAUGCUUGGAGUGUGGAAAAAGCUUCAGCACGAGUGGACAUCUUACUUUACACCAUAGAAUCCACACUGGAGAGAAACCACAUCAGUGUUUGGUGUGCGGAAAGCGGUUAAGCACGAAAGGAGCUCUUAUUAUACAUCACAGAACCCACACUGGGGAGAAACCAUAUAAAUGUAUGUUGUGUGGAAAGAGCUUCAGCACGAGUGGAGAACUUAAUUCACACCACAGAACCCACACUGGGGAGAAACCACAUCAAUGUUUGGAGUGUGGAAAGCGGUUAAGCACAAGUGGAGCUCUUAUUGUACAUCUCAGAACUCACACUGGUGAGAAACCUCAUAAAUGCUUGGAGUGCGGAAAGAGCUUCAGCACGAGUGGAUAUCUUACUGUACACCAGAGAAGACACACAGGGGAAAAACCACAUCAAUGUUUCGAGUGUGGAAAGAGGUUCAGCACAAGUUCAGCUCUUAUUGUACAUCAUAGAACUCACACUGGGGAGAAACCACAUCAGUGUAUGUUGUGUGGAAAGAGUUUCAGCAGGAGUGGAGAUCUUACCUCACACCACAGAACCCACACUGGGGAGAAACCACAUCAAUGUUUGGAGUGCGGAAAGAGGUUCAGAACAAGUAGAGAUGUUAUUGUACAUCACAGAACUCACACUGGAGAGAAACCACAUCAGUGUUUGUUGUGUGGAAAGGCGUUCAGCACGAGUGGAAAUCUUACUGUACACCAUAGAAGACACACAGGGGAGAAACCACAUCAAUGUUUGGAAUGUGGAAAGAGCUUCAGCAUGAGUAGUGCUCUUAUUGUACAUCACAGAAUUCACACUGGGGAGAAACCACAUAAAUGCUUGGAGUGCGGAAAGAGCUUUAGCACGGGCAGGCAACUUACUAUACAUCACAGAACCCACACUGGGGAGAAGCCACAUAAAUGCUUGGAGUGUGGAAAGAGCUUCAGCCAGAGUUCAAAACUUUCUGCUCACUACAGAACCCACACUGGGGAGAAACCACAUAAAUGCUUUGAGUGUGGAAAGAGCUACAGCAACAGCGGACAUCUUAUUGUACACCAUAGAACCCACACUGGAGAGAAACCACAUAAAUGCUUCAAGUGUGGAAAGAGCUUCAGCACGAAUGGAGCUCUUACUAAACACCACAGAACCCACACUGAGGAGCGACCAUAGAAAUGCUUGUAGUGUGGAAAGAGCUUCAGGAACAGGGGAGCUCUUACUCCACACCAUAGAACACACACUGGAAGAAGAAAGGCUCACCUUACUGCACAUGCAUACAUUCAGACAGGGUAGGAAUCACACGCAUGAAACUGCAGACAAGUCCGAGAAUCUCUCUCAUUUUCUCAAAUAUAAACCCCUGUGAAAUUUCUGCUUCUGAUUUGUCUUACUUCUCUCUGAGAGGACUCAAAGUCCCCUCCCCGCCGUGUUUUGAACAAAUGUGCAAAAAUUUUUCAAACUAAAUAAUGAAUAUUAUUUUUCCACAGCAUGUACUUUCUUUUUGUUUCCUCUGAAUACUGGAUUCUGGGUGAAACACAAACUGCACAAAGGAGUGUAAUGGCCAUUUUAAAACAAUUUAAACCAGAGGUGGAAAUUAGUUAACUGCGGACAUUAGGCUUUUUGAGGCCAAAGUACAACCUCAAAAACUUUAUCGAGCUCAACUUGGACCAUAUUCAAAUAUCCCCCCUCAGACGAUUGUGGAAUCCAAAUUUUAAGAGGAAUCUUUCAUGUUGCUCAGUUCUCUCCCAAUGUAAUUUUAAAACUUGAAUCUUGAAUUUUAAAGGUGGAAACCAAAAUUUGGCUUCCAAUAUAUAACUUUUGGUUCAAACUUAAUCCCCUUUGAUAGUAUUGGAUACUUUUAGUUUCACCUGGUGUACAAAAUUAGAAUCUAAACUAUUGAGUCGGUGUUUUUCUCCUAAGUUUUUAUUAUCCUUGGUUUUUCAUAGCGCCAGUAAGGCACUUAAGCAGAUGAUUAGCAAUAUGGAUCCUCAAAAGGAUAUUAGUUUAGUCCCAAAAAUCCUUAUCCUGGAAAGAAUUAAAUCAGCUUAAACCAGCAAAUUAUCGCUAGGAAUUGACAGUCCCAACCCAUUGCAGGGCUUUCCCCUUCGCUCGCUGUAAUACUCUGCCUUCUACCGUGGUGUCUGGGAAGUUCCGGAAUGUUCUGUAUAAUGCAAGUAAUUCAUUGUAAUUCUGUUUUGUAAUUCUGGUGCAGUUGGGUCUAUUGAACACGUCCUUCUUAAUUGUAUAUUUUAUCAGUCAAUAAGAAAUUCUUUUAUAACUGUGCUUUUACUGCUUUUCCUCCAGUUAUUUCAUGCCAGCUAUUUACUUUUUGGAAUGAAUCCUGAGACUUAGUGGCUAAAUUCUGUGAGGCUGCUAGUGAUGUACGAACCAGCUAUGAGAUCAGUUCGAUUUGAAUCUGGACCUGAUUAGAACUGACCCAGUCCGGUCUAGGCUCAGCUGAACCAGCUUGCGGGCCGGCUUGGGAGGGUUUACUUGUAUAGGGGGAUCCAGUGAGGAUUCCCUUUACAAGUAAAGUGCAUUCUUUACAGUAAAUACAUGGAGGGGUGAGAAAAAUGUACUUUUUACCUUUAAGAUUCAGGUGCCGAGGCAGCGGAAGCGGUCUUCCAAAUGACAGCCCAGGCUGGCUGCGGCUCUGUUUGGGCCUUUGUUCAUGCACAGAUGCCUGGGCUGGGAUUAAAAAAAGAAGACUCUGAAGAACUAAGCGGGGUCAAAGGUUCACAGCUCCUGCUCUGUAGUUUCAUUUUCUAGGGCGAUGAAAUGUACUGGUUUGAUUUUGUAGGGAAAGGGAGGUUUCCUUUUAUUUAUCAUGGUUUGAAAAAUAGAGGGAAUGUGAGUCAUGCUGAUGGGGUAUUUUGAAAAAUAUAGGAGGGAAAUUUGUGUAUAUUUAGGAGGCUGCUUUCAGCAGAGGAGAGUUCAGUUGAAGAGACCUGUUGGAGAGCUGGAGGAGAGUCUUUGUUCAGUAGAAGAACCAGUUGGAGUAUGAAUUGUUGGGAAAGGAGUUCAAGCAGAAGAACUGAAGUCUUGCUUGCACAGUCUGAUUGAGGAUCGGAACUGGGGCAAAAAAGAGCCAAGAAAUCACUGGCAGAGAGCAGUGACUCUCCGGAGAGCUGAAAACACUCAACAGCAAGAAGACCCCAUCUGAGCUGAACCUCAGAACUAUGAAGAAGAUUGGGACUUGAGGCUGAUCAAGGGAAAAUCUGGGUUGCCAAAAAGCGGAAGUGAUUGCCAAGAAGUGAUUGCAAAGUUAGGGCACAGUCAGAGUCGGGCCAGCUGGAUGUGUUUUGGCCACAUUUUCUUUACUGCUGAUGCUCUGUUGGUUGCUGGUUUUAUUUGUACUAAACUUUAAAAGUAAUUAUGGAUUGAAAGUGAACUAAUUGCAAAGGGAAAUUACUUGUUUCUCUAUGGAGAAAAAUGGUAGCUUCUGUUUUCUCCACCCCACGCCUAAUGCCCUUACCACUCUAGCAAGGGUGGUUUGUUGGUUUGUUUUAACAACAGAGGUUUGGAAGGCUGUUGUAGUAGAGUCAAGAGUCAGCCCAAAACCUACUUGGUGGGGGUGGUUAAAUCUGAAGGUCACAGGAUGGUUGAAACCAAAAUGUGAGAAGUGGAAGCAGCACCAGCGUAUCUGUGACCCAAGUAUGCCUCCUGAGCUGGCAUGAGAGCCAGUUCUUUGGGGGUCAGUCUGUUUUGGACUGGCGCGCACACCCCUUUGGGGGCAGGGCGGUCCGGACUCAGAUCUCCUGGGCCAGGCUGUCCUGAUGUCGAGCCCGGCCCAAAGCAAGCCAGUCUGCACAUUUCUAGCAGCUGCUUGUAAGAUUCGGUACAUAGGAAGCUGUCAUAUACUGAGUCAGACCCUUAAUCCAUCUAGCUCAGUAUUAUCUUCACAGACUGGCAGCGGCUUCUCCAAGGUUGCAGACAGGAGUCUCUCUCUCAGCCCUAUCCUGGAGAUGCCGCCAGGGAGGGAAUUUGAAACCUCCUGCUCUUCCCAGAGUGGCCCCAUCCCUUGAGGGGGAUCUCUUCCAGUGCUCACACUUCUAGUCUCCCAUUUGUGUGCAACCAGGGUGGACCCUGCUUAGCUAAAGGGACAAGUCAUGCAUGCUACCACAAGACCAGCUCUCCUCUCCAGAUUAACAGAUUAGAUCUGUUAAUUGUGGUUCUUGUGAUUGAUAUACUUUAAAAAAAAAACAAAAAACAACCUAGCUGGAGAUAGUGGAGGGUUAUGUUGCAUUCCCCCACCCUCUUUAGAUGGCAAUCAUCACAAUGGCUGGGGGCUCCUAUUCACAGCCCCACCCCACUGGGGGCUCCCAUUCACCCCGCCCCACCCCACCCCACCCCACCAGCCCUGCAAGCAAGUAGGUGUCCUCUCUCUCCCUGCAAGGAGGUUCUUUGACUGGCCACGCCCCCAGCUGCAAGCCAACAUAUUUCCACAGUUAUUAACCCCUUCAGUGCCAAAAUGGACUGGAACGGCGAUAUUGAAACAACGGCUCAUGGGUUCCUUUAUUGUCAAUUUUACCAAGAUAUACGGCGUAAACAUAUAGCCCGUGCUGUAAACCGCCCUGAGCCAUAUUGGAAGGGCAGGAUCUACGUCUAAUAAAUAGAUAAAUAAAUAAAUAACCCCUUUUAUUAGUUGCCAUGCAGGUUGUACAGAAUCUUAUUCUUGAUGAUCUUUUCAAUGACCAGAAAGACCCGAGAUCUUAUAAUGUGGCUAAGUUCUGUUCAAUGGCCAUUAAAACCCACCAGGAGUUCAUUAAGAAUCCCUGUUAACUGAUCUGUAUGCUUAAGUAUGUGCUUAACCACUGUAUCGUAAAUAUGUAGGUUUUUGUUGUUGUUGUCGUUGGACUUGUUUGUAAACUGUGCUGGUCUGUGAUCAUAAUAAAAGGAAUUGAAUUGA